GCAAGCUCUGAUCAAUCCCAGGCAUUUUAGUGGUCUUUUUAAUGUUUUCUGCUGUGAAACGUUUCCAAGCCCCCGUGGAAAUUACGUACGAGAACAUGCGUUUCCUGAUCACUCACAACCCAACCAACGCAACCCUCAGCAAGUUCAUCGAGGAGCUGAAGAAGUACGGAGUGACCACCUUGGUGCGAGUUUGUGAUGCCACUUAUGAUCAAGCCCCUAUCGAAAAAGAAGGAAUCCAGGUUCUAGACUGGCCGUUUGAUGAUGGAGCACCACCCCCGAAUCAGAUCGUUGACGACUGGCUAAACCUGCUGAAAACCAAAUUUCGCGAGGAGCCGGGCUGCUGUGUCGCUGUGCACUGCGUCGCCGGGCUGGGAAGGGCUCCUGUUCUGGUUGCACUUGCUCUCAUUGAAUGUGGGAUGAAGUACGAAGAUGCAGUUCAGUUUAUACGGCAGAAAAGGAGGGGAGCUUUCAAUUCCAAACAGCUGCUUUACCUUGAGAAAUACCGACCUAAGAUGCGAUUACGCUUCAAAGACGCCAACGGUCACUGCUGCGUUCAGUAAACCCCAAGGAAAUCUCAGACGAAGGCAGAAGCUGGCAUGGCUGUUUUCUGGACUCUUGGCACCUGGAAAUGUGAAUCUGGAAUCAAACUACGUCAUCAAGUUAGUGGUGGAGUCAGGGCUCCGCAGCCUCUGUCCU